CCCGUUGUCGACAGUGGAUGUUAGGGGGGUUAUUAUUAUAAUGAGGGGAGGGGUUGCAGAUGUACCGUUGCGUUUGAAUUUCACGAGCUUUCUCUUUCUUCUGAUCGCAGGUCGUCCGGACUCGGGUGGCGUUCAGAAGCCCUAUCUCUGCAUAGGGUUCACGGGAUUGAACAGUCACGAAGAGCUGAGCACAAUUUGGGUGUUAGAGUCGAAGGAUGUCAUCGCGAUCGUUCCUUUUCCUCGUGGCCGUUCGGGCGCUGGAAUCGCAACUCGCGGAGAUUGACAGAUCCUUGGAGUGGAUCGACGGACGGAAUCGUCAGCGAGAUGAGUGCUAGAACUGUUGCGCGGGGGAUCUCUAGCACAUGCGAUUUUUGAUACAAAUCUUUGCUCCUGUUGGUCAACUCAGAGAUUGGUAGGAAUAAUACUGUGAAUAGUGUGCGAGGCACAAACAGCAGAAUCUACUUCUACAGUGGAGACGUCGGAGAGGAAUUCCGCGACUCGGUUGAUGACCGGAGCAUCGGUGAUAAUUCCGCAUGUGUGAUGAACGUACUCAACACCAAGCCUAAGCAUCACAUCAGUGAAUGAAGUCAAAUUCCCAACACAUCUUUUGACCCAAUGUGAUUGACAAUCGACGUACCUAUAGCAUCU